UGUUAGUUUUUGCCGCACAUUUUUUUUUUGCGUGUAGGUAGGCAUGUGAUAAUUUCCGUCAGUAGUCAGAAAUUUGGAAAAUUCUUUUUAAAAAACCCCAAAAAAUAAGUUUCGGCCAGCCUGCAACUCAAAAUUUCCAGUUAUGCGUGAAAUCGUUACUCUUCAUCUUGGACAAUGUGGCAACAAAAUCGCCCAGACAUUCUGGGAAACUAUCUGCGAGGAGCACUGCCUAAACGAGCGCGGCCAGUUUAUAGGGAAACACUUUCUGCCACUUCAACGGAUCAACGUGUACUUUGAGGAAGCUCCCUGCUGCAAUUUAGUACCAAGGGCAAUCUUCGCCGAUCUGGAGCCGGGUGCGAUGGUCGGUUUGAAAUGCAGCCGCUUCGGGCAGCUCUUUUCCCCGGAAAGUAUGGUCAACGGGAUGCUAGGAGCUGGGAACAAUUGGGCCCGAGGCUACCACACGGAAGGCGCCGAAAUGUUGGACAGGAUCAUGAAUGUGGCCCGAAAAAUGGUGGAAGGUUGUGAUUGUUCCCAGGGGUUCCAAAUGGUGCAUUCGAUUGGCGGUGGAACCGGAUCCGGAUUGGGAACAUUGAUGAUGGAGAAUCUGAAGGAUGAAUAUGGAUGAGUAUAAUUUUUAAUUUCUUUAUUUCUAUAAUUUUACGGUAAGAUACUUUAAUAACACUAUAUAUG